GCGUCCGAGAAGGAACAAGCGUGCGGCGCCCGAGCGAGUGAGUGAAAGCGGUGCCGCCCGCCGGCCGCCGGCGCGGCGGGUGCCCGGCGUUUCCCCGCCUCCUUGCCUUGGGUUUCCCUAAAUAAGGCAGACGAGCGGUGUGUAGCUCCGCCGCACCUCCUUGCACGUCCUUCCCCGAAUAGGGCCUCCCCGGUCCCCCGCCGCCCGCGCCCCCGCCUGGGCUGGGCGCGCCAUCCCCACAGCGCAGCCUGUGUAGCCUCCGCAUCCAGGUCCCCGGCCCCUUCCCUGUCGCCCCGCCGCCCGAGCGGUCGCCGCCCGUUCCGCCGUUCCUCCGCUGCCAGCACCAUGGGCAGUGAGCAGAGCUCCGAGGCCGAGAGCCGACCCAACGAUCUGAACUCCUCAGUGGCCCCUUCUCCAGCUAAGCAUAGAGCCAAGAUGGAUGAUAUUGUGGUUGUAGCUCAGGGCUCCCAGGCCUCACGGAAUGUCAGCAAUGAUCCCGAUGUCAUCAAGUUGCAAGAGAUUCCAACCUUCCAGCCACUUUUGAAAGGGCUGUUGAGUGGCCAGACUUCUCCAACAAACACCAGACUGGAGAAGUUGGAUUCUCAGCAGGUGCUGCAGCUCUGCCUCCGUUAUCAGGAUCACCUCCGUCAGUGUGCAGAGGCUGUUGCUUUUGAUCAGAACGCUUUGGUCAAACGAAUCAAAGAGAUGGAUCUGUCUGUAGAAACCCUCUUUAGCUUCAUGCAGGAGCGCCAGAAAAGAUACGCCAAAUACGCCGAGCAGAUCCAGAAGGUCAACGAGAUGUCGGCCAUCCUGCGCCGCAUCCAGAUGGGCAUCGACCAGACGGUGCCGCUGCUGGAGCGGCUCAACAGCCUGCUGCCCGAGGCCGAGCGCCUGGAGCCCUUCAGCAUGAAGCCCGACCGCGAGCUCAGGCUGUAGCUGCCUCCCCCCACCGGCUGUGGCCCGGGGACUGCCAGGGCCCCAGGACGCUUGGAACCAAAGGCGUCGGAGGUGACCGAAGGCCACUGGGGGUGUUGACGCUCCCUGAGGGCACGGGAAGCAGUCCAGCCGCCCUGGAGACUGCGAUGCCCCAGCCCUUCCCUUGACGCGCUCUCCCUCUGCAAAGCCAGCAAACCUACUCUCAGUGGUCACCGAAGUUGGAAUGUUUGAACUAUUAGGGAUUCUUUACAGAACUCUGCCUUGGGACUUAUUUUUAUUUUGCGUAGUUUUUUUUUUUUUUAAUUGACAGUGUAUAUUAUCUAGUCUAGCUUGCAGACUGAAAAUAUGAAGAGAAGGGGAGAAAUAUUUUAAGAAGCUCUGUGUCCUUGACGCCUUCGUGAAAUUUUUCUCAGUAGGCUGUCUUGUGGGUUGCAAACAUAAAGAACUAAUUUAAUCCAGGUGUGUGUGUUGUGUUUCCAUCGUAGCAAGUCUUUAUCUGGCCUGGCGUUGCUCCUGUGUCACCUUAGGGUGCCCCUCCUGUGUCGUCGUCGGAAACUGAAGACUCCCUUUCCAGAGCCUGGUCGGGUUCAUCUCCCACUGAUAACUGGUUUCCUUGAUGCAGAUACAGUUUAGGUUUCCUCUUAUUACAUCAGCGCUGGCAGGACUCCAAUUUUUGAGGCAGGUUUUAGCCCUCAUUUGCUUUACUAGCUUUGCAGACUCGCGGAGCAGAGCAGAGAGUGCUUACCCAGCAGGCGUCCACGGAGCCCACUGGAUGGGCCAGGCAUUGUGCCGGGGAUACAAAAAAGGCUGAAGAGGAAAAACUCCCAAGUGGUGCUGAAUUUCUAUGGGAGAUUAGGAAAUGAAGCAAUUUGAGUAACCACAAAAGUACUCGGUGCAGUACUUUGCACAUGAUGAACGUUCUAAUGGAAGAAAAGAUUGCAGCAGCAAAGAAGUGGAACGUACGAACAGAUCCGGGCAGGCAAACGGAGACCAGCAGCCGGGGAUCUAGGGAGGUCACUGGGUCCCUAGAUUCCUCCAAACCUCAGAGGGUGUUUUUUGUGUCCAGACAGCCUGAGGCAUAUUUGUAAGGUUAAAAUUGAUCCCACUUAGUUUAGCAUCUCUCAGUUAAACUUUAUCUGAUUCUAACCUCGAAUUUUGAUUGAACACUAUCUUGUAAGGUUCUUAGAACCGGGGAUAAAAUGUAGGGCAUAAAACAACUGGAUGACAGCAGAAAUAUGAACAUUCCAAGCUAAAUGGAAAAAAUAAUUUUAAAAAAUUUAGACACAGGAAAAAAAUCAAUAGCUUCUAGCAUUUUCUAAGUACCAAAAAAAAUCAAGAUUGCUCAUUCCCUCUGAACUGGAAAGGCAAGUUGGAAACCAGAGCCAAGGGAAGAGGCCAAGGCAGCAUCUGCCUUCUUCAGAGGGCAACCUUCUGGGAACUGCUUCUUUACCCAUCAGGAAGGAAGGCGGGUAGAGACGUCCAGCCAGAGGAGAUAAAGGGGUCUGAGGGAGCCAGGGAGGGAUUGGAAGUGGGGAGCUAGACCUUUAGAGUUUGUUGGGCCACUCUGGUGAAAGAAGCUCGUCUUUAUAAUGCCUUUGGUGGUCAGGAUUUUAGUGGGGCUUUAAACCACUCCUAGAGCAAUUCAUUAGAGUACAAUCAAGAAAGAUGUUCUGUAAUUUUAGAAACCUGUUAAAUAGCUAAGGUUAUUCUAGGAACUGUCAUGGAGGGGAAGGCAGCCACAUUUAUCGAAUAAUGCAUUUCCCCCCCCCCCCCGGGUUCAGUGCUCCUUUCGUGUAUUAAAUUCCCAUGUAAUUGAGGAUCUAGUUCAGAUCCAUUGAUCUUUCUCUCCGUACUGUUUCAUGCUGGGUUUUGUUCGUUUUUUCACACUGUCUUACUAUUAUAAUUUCACAAUACAUUUUAAUAUCUGAUGUGGCUAGACUAGGUACCCACCUACUCUAAUUACUAUUUUUUCCUAACUUCACUUUUUUUUUUUUUUUUAACUUCAAACUGGCAGAAAAGUUGAAAAACUAAUAAAAGGCAUUCUCAUAGUCCCUUCCCCUAGACUGACAGAAAGUGGCAUUUUUCAGCCCUCAACCAUCAUUGUCUUUUUUUGAGUUCCUGGAGUAUACAGAACCUGGCCCUGAACACAGAGACAUGCUUGUAGCUUUCAAAGAAGGAAAGGCUGGUUGUCUACAGAGCUGUCAGAAUAGCUCAGGGAUCACGUUCCGUUAUCCUCACUGCACUCAAUACAAUUUACAAACAAAAGCACAUAACAAAGUGACAUGCAGACUGAGCCUGCGAGGACAGAGCUUUCUCAACGGUGUUGCAGCAGCUGAUGGUCUGGACGUGGCAGAAAGGUGACCUCGCGCAGCGUGCAGAACUUCUCUGCCAGCCAGCGCUCCAUCCAGUUCUUUUCCUUAUAAAGACAUUAGACAAAACAUGGUAUAUUAACUUAGAUUUGGGUCCAAAGUAGAUAGACUGCUUAUUCCUGGGUAGAAGCAGAGAAGAACAAUAGGCAAAUCUGAUGUGUUUUGAAAUAGUUCUAGUUAAUUUAAUAUUUAUGGUAUGUGGUGGUUUCGCAACAUUAUCAACUUUGGCUAAGUCGAGUUAUGUUUCCUGGAAUUCCCUUCCCUGUUCCUUUUUGGUUAGGGUUGGCCACAAGAGAAAUUUGCAUGAGAUUUGUCAGUGGAACUGAAGCAGCAUCCAUGUGUAUUUGAUGAAAGUCGCUGUCAGUCAGGCCCUGUUGCACUUUCCGUGUGGGCAGCAGCUCCUCCGGCUCCACAGAACUCUGCCUUCAGCUUUUCCAGAUCCUGGGCCAGGUAUGAGGACUAACUUCUCCUUAGGUCUUCUGCAGCAGGGAGGAUGAGGGCUGAGAGAAGGGAAGAGCCAGCGUGGGUUCUGGUGGGAGACAGAUGUGGUUCCAGCUUGUUGCUUGCAGGCUUCAGGUGUCUUGGCUCUCCGCCACUUACCAUCCAUCCCCCACUGCACAUCCAGCUGUUUUCUGGACCACCUGCCCAGCGACUCCUGGUGAAGAAGAAACAGCGCAACAGGGACUCUUAUCAGCUCCUUUAAUUAAUUGCUUAAGUCUGGUUUCAGUCAGUCACCAAACCUGAGGUCAUCGGAGGUUUCUACACCACACUGUGCGUCUGGCGUACACAUUAAAGAAUGAAGGCGAUGGCCGUAGACUGUUAGCGCCUGAGCGUGUUCCCUGUGAAUGAUGGAUCCCGUGACACAGCUGAUGCCUCCGGCGGGAGGACAGCAGGCCAGGUCCCACCAAGGCCUCCUUCACCACUCGGACAUGCUGUAGAGAGAGGUCCUUUCUCAUAUUUAUGUAUAAACAGGUACCAGUUUUGAUUUUAUUUCAUCAUAUUAACAUUCAUGACACAUCAGCAUGAGAAAUGCACAAUUCAACCAUUCAACAGCUUGCCUUACUACAAAAGAACACUAUAUUCAUAUUAAACAUUUAUACAGUCUUCCCACCUAACUUUACAAAUGUCCUAAGCCAUUUUCCAGCAUUUCUCACGU